UAGCACAAUAUUCCCAACACUUAGAACUUCCACAAACGGUUAACUUUAUUAGAUCUAAAACACCAAUGGCUUCCACCACCCAACACUCAGAUUUUGCAUACUUGGAAAACAUUCAACAAUACCUUCUUCACGAUGAUUCCAACAUUCUUACAUCUCAUCAAACUUUUUCAAGCCCUAAAAGUGACAAUGAUUCAUAUACAACUAUAGAGACGCGUGAAGUAAACGCGCCUCCAACAUGGAAGCGGUAUAAGGGUGUGAGGCGUAGACCAUGGGGAAAGUUUGCCGCAGAGAUUAGAGAUCCCAAGAAAAAUGGCGCUAGAGUUUGGCUUGGAACUUAUGUCACUGAGGAGGAAGCAGCUUUGGCUUACGACAAAGCUGCUUUUAAAAUGCGUGGCCGAAAAGCCAAACUUAAUUUUCCCCACCUUAUUGGCUCUGACGUGCCAACGUCAAAGCCAGAAAGGGAGGUGGUUUUGAAACGAGACUCGCCAGAGCCUUCUUCUUCGGAGGAAAGUUGUGAGUCAUCGUCACAAGGGUCAAAGAGAAAAAGGAGCAUGGUUGACUUACUUAACAAAUUAGCCAAGAAUAGAAGCCAAGCCAUGGUGGUUGAAAUUGAAAAGGCUUCACAAGCAAAUUUUUUUGAGCAAUGGGUGAAUGAGUUGAAUGAUUGCACUCUAAUUAAUAUGGAGCUCUUAGUGUAGUUGUGUUGAUUUUGUAUUUUAUGUUAAUUUGUGCAGUUUUCUAAUAUUUUUGCUGUAUGUAAGUGCAGCCCCUAAUAAGUUUGAGAUGAUUUUUGCAUUACCCUUUUUGAUUAUCUUCAAGGGGUGAUGUUUAAGCAAAACUACAACAAUGUUGUAAUUUUUCCAACCUUUGGAUCUGAUUUAGUUAUCAUAGCAGAAAAAAUAGUUCAUAACAGAUAAAUUAACAUGUUGAAUUUGAAGUA